UAUAUUAAAAUUACUUUUGUUGUGCAUAUUACUAUGAUGUUCUUAUUAAUGUAUAUGUCUAUAUGUUUUCAUCUUAACUUUUGGUAAGAUCAUGGUUACUGUUUUCAUGCCCAAUUAUUUAUGUACAUGACUAUUACUAAAGAUGAAGACUUUAGGGUUGUCGCAUGUUCUCCAAAUUCUUACAUGCAUUCUGCUACUCACUCCCUCGUUUUCUAAAGAUGAUCGAAAGAUUUACAUAGUCUACAUGGGCGAAUAUCCCAAGGGCGUGGAAUUCACAGAGUCACUUCACACUAGUAUGGUUCAAAGUGCCAUCAGCAGAAAACUUGCACCAGAUACUUUGGUACACAGCUACAAGAGUUUCAAUGGAUUUGUGGCGAGGCUAACCAAAGAAGAAUCAGAAAGAAUGAAAGAAAUGGAUGAUGUGGUUUCUGUUAUUCCAAAUAGAGUCCACAGUGUCCAAACAUCAAGGUCCUGGGACUUUCUUGGCUUCCCUGAAAAUGUCCAAAGAACAAAGGUAGAAAGUAACACAAUCGUUGGAGUACUCGACAGUGGAAUUUGGCCUAAUUCCUCAAGCUUCACCGACGAAGGCUUUGGUCCUCCACCACAGAAAUGGAAAGGAACAUGUCAUAACUUCACUUGCAAUAACAAAAUCAUUGGAGCAAAAUAUUUUCGUCUUGAUGGUGUGUUCGCCCAAGAGGACAUCAUAUCUCCAACUGAUAACAUUGGUCACGGGUCUCACUGUGCAUCAACUGCUGCUGGAAACUCUGUUAGCAAUGCAAAUUUGUUUGGGCUUGGCUCAGGAACAGCAAGAGGAGGAGUUCCAUCAGCACGCAUUGCUGUGUAUAAAAUCUGUUGGACAAAUGGUUGUGAAACUGCUGACAUUCUUGCAGGAUUUGAUGCAGCCAUUAUGGAUGGUGUUGACAUUAUAUCUCUUUCAGUGGGAUAUGCAGGCGUCAUACACGUGGAAUAUUUUCAAGAUGUCUUUGCAAUAGGAGCU